AUGUCGUCCACCAGCAACGCCUCCAUUGACAAGUUCAACGGAGACAAUUACGCAACGUGGAGCCGGUACAUGCGCGGUGUGUUUUUGACGAAGUCCGUCUGGCACGUUGUCAACCGUGAAGUGACUCCGACUUUCACCGACCCGCGAGCGUCCGAUGACUACGUCAAGGCAAGCAACGUCGCGUUUGGUAUGAUGCUGCUGCACAUGAACGCGGACUACCAUCAUGUGCUGGACAACUGCGAGGAAGCCUGGGUUGCGUGGACAAGUCUGAAGACGCUGUACGGUGGGUCGCAGAAGGCAGGACGCAUCUACCUCAAGCGACAACUUUUCAGUAUAAAGAUGGCUGAAGGCGCGAACGUCAUGCAUCACUGCAACGAGGUCCUCAACUUCUCCGCCAAGCUUAGCGGCAUCGGUGCGAAGAUGGAAGACGAAGACGUUGCAAUUUGUCUGCUACUCAGUCUUCCGAAGAGCUACGAAAAUGUGGUGCUCAACAUGGAAAUGAGCAGCACCGAGCUUCGCACUCAAGAUGUGGUGAGAGUCCUGACGAAUGAGCAUGCCAAGCGUCAAGGAGAAAAAGGGACAACGACAGCGACUACGGUGAAGGCUGAAGAUGCAAGCAAGGCAUUCAGCGCCGAGCGUGAGCCCUACCAAUGCACGUAUUGUGGCAAGGUGGGACACACGGUGGAUCGUUGCUGGACAAAGCAGAACAUGCGAACAUUCGGGUGUCAGACAUACAUACUGACGCCUAAAGAGAAGCGACUCAAGUGGGAUCUCAAGGCUCGCGCUGGCAUAUUCGUGGGCUACGAAGAAGUGUCCAAGGCAUAUCGUGUAUUUGACAUCGAGGAGGGGCGGGUUGUUGUCAGUCGGGAUGUUAACUUCGACGAGUCCACCUUUGGACUUCAACUGCCGAUCACUGAUGAAGAUGUCGAUGACCUGGACUUCGAAUUGCUGGAUCUUGAUGACGAAGAGCUGCGUCAAAUGGAGUAUCAGCAAACUGUCAAGCGCAAGAACCGACUCAAUGAUGAAGAUACAGCAGCUCCACGACCGCGUGCAGUGCGUCAACGACCAGGACUAGAAGAGUCAAGCGCGCCGGAAAACAACUCUUCACGACAAGAAGAAGACGAAGAAACGAAGGAUUCUGGUGAUUCAACUCCGCCUGUGUUUUGCGUGCGAGUGCAAAUGCUGUUGAAGCAGCAGUGGAAUUGUCGGAACCGUCGACAUUUGAAGCAGCAGUGA